CACUGCAUUAAUAUUUCUGAGAUAAUGUUGGAUCUGAAUCUAAAUCAGCAAGCGCUCACUGAUAUGAGUUUCGAUUAGAUUCCUUUUGUUUAUCUCCCAAACUCUAAUAUAUAUUGAAUCAUAGAGUCAAUUGUGCAUAUUCAACCUCAAGGCUUCUCCUCUUCUCUUGAAGAAAAUGGCAGCUUCUUUCUUCAACCCAAACUCCUAUUGUAACCAUGUUCGCUCAACCAGCUUGCCCUCUAAACCACACCCUCUAAUUCUAAAGUGCAAUGAUUACUUAGCCACAUUAGAGGCUUUAGAUGCAGCUUCCUCUUCAUCAUCAUCCUCAUCAUUCAGCCACAAACUAAGUGAGCUUCAGGAUUUGCAUGAUGCUGUUGAAAAACUGGUUCAACUUUCUGAUACUUGCAAAGUUCUUGACCAUGAGUGCCGAGAUGAGCUAUUGGAUGGAUCUCUUCGGCUGCUAGAUGCAUGCACAGCUGCAAAGGAUGCGCUUUUGCACACAAAGGAAAGUGCAAGGGAAGUUCAAUUAAUUAUGAGGAGAAAAAGAGGAGGUGAAAUGGAGGUCAGAAAAUACUUGACCUCUAGGAAGGUAGUGAAAAAGGCUAUCGCCAAAGCUUUGGGAAAUCUGAAGAGUGCUUCAAAUAAAUGCAAGUUCUCUUCUACACACAAGGGUCAUCAGAGUGGUGAAUUGGUGAGCCUAUUUAAAGAUGUGGAAGUAGUCACUCUUCAUAUUUUGGAGUCACUGUUAUGUUUUAUCUGUGGACCAACACAAUCAAAGUCAGGCAAUUGGUCUUUGGUUUCCAAGUUAAUGCACAAUAAAAGGGUUUCAUGCACACAAGAAGCGGACGAGAAUGAGUUUGCCAUAGUAGAUGCAACAUUGCAGUCUUUUGCAUUUCACAGUUCAGGCAAGUCAGAGGAUAUUGAUCAUUUGCUGAACCAGUUGGAAAUUCUGGAGACAAUGAUUCAAGACUUUGUGGAAGGUCUAGAAACUCUUUUUAGGAGAUUUAUCAAAACUAGAGUUGCCCUCUUAAAUAUUCUCAGUCAUUAGUUUUGCAAUUUGAUGGCUUCAAUUUACUGUAAAUUUCUAGAUUUGUACAGAAUUUAGCUUCUCAGAGACAUUUGUACAUGGAAAGCA